AUCACUUAGUUUAUAAAUCCCUGUGACCCACCCUCCGGGAGGAGCUGGGACGGCAGCAGGGAAGGGCCCCGUGUCUCUGUGAGGUUGUGGAGAGUGUCUGUCUGAGCAGGGAGAAUGACAAUUAGUUAUUAAUUACAGAGAAAGAGAGGGGUUCAGUGACAACGGGGAAUAGGGAAGGAGGGAGUGAUAGAUGUAGAGAAUGAACGUCAACAACUGGAAAACCCAAAUCAGAUGGAAGUGUUUUCUUUUUGUGUAAAUGUCUCUGUAUCAAUCUCUACCGGGGGGGCAGAUUUCUGUGAUGUGCCUCCUAUAAGCUGUCUUUUUGUUUAAAUUAGCUUUACAUGAAGGUCUUGCUUUGGGGAAAUAUCUGUGAUUUCUCAAAAGAAAGCAGUCAGCAAUAACAUAGCGAAGCUUAAGAGAGCCUGGUUAAACUAGAAACAAGGGAAGCCAGUGCAACAACAAGGAAUCUGAUGAAGAUGGCCUUUACAAAAGUGCCUGUUGUUGAUGUCCACAUUGACAAUUUUAAGGAGGUGUGGCCUUCUAUGCUACUUGCAGUAAGGACAGCAAGUUUCAUAGCCCUUGAUACUGAACUGAGUGGACUUGGCACGCGAAAAGCUUUGCUGGCACAGUCAAUUGAAGACCGAUACAAAGCAAUAUGCAAUGCUGCCAGAACUCGUUCAGUUCUAUCUCUCGGGAUAGCAAGUUUCAAAGAGCUAUCACACAAACCAGGUAGUACCUACUUGAGUCAAGUGUACAACCUUACCCUCCUCUGCAUGGAUGAAUAUAUAAUUGAACCACAGUCUGUUCAGUUCUUGGUCCAGCAUGGCUUUGACUUCAAUAAACAGUACUCUAAAGGGAUUCCAUACCACAAAGGAAAUGACAAGCCUAACGAAUGUCGUGGUCAGAAUAUGAGGGGCCUGUUCCUAGAAAUCAUCCAGUCAAAAAAGCCUUUAAUUCUUCACAAUGGGCUGAUUGACCUGGCAUUCCUGUACCAGUGUUUUUAUGCCAACUUGCCAGACCAACUCAUGACCUUCACAGCUGAUGUAUCGGAGAUGUUUCCAGCUGGGGUUUAUGAUACCAAAUAUACUUCGGAAGUUGAGACUCGCUUUGUAUCAUCAUACUUGGAAUAUGCCUACAAAAAAUGCAGAAGGGAAAACAACAGAUUAAUUGAUGCUAGCAACAGUCAUCUUUCCAUUGAGUUCUGUAACUAUCAACAGGCAUUCACAGGUUAUAUUGACUACCGGUGCUGCAACCUUCCAGAGGCUGACAAAAAGAUUUCAGAAGAGGGAAUAUGUGAACGAUUUUCCGCAUAUGGCUGGUGUCCAAAUGGAAUGAAAUGCUCCUUGUCACAUAAUACUGACCUCAUUAUUGAAGAAGAUGAACGCAACAAUGACAAAAAGAAGAAAAAGGUCAGGAGAAAACGGAAACAGAAUACAGCGGAAUUGACUGACAACUCUACUAACUGCAUGUUUGCAGAUAAUGUGACUCCUGCCGACAUGCCACCAUCUAAGUUAUUGUGUGAUAGUGCAAGUAUGGAACCAGAGAGAGAGAUCAUUGGAGAAUUAAUGCAGGAAAAGUCUGCAAGUGAUGCACAACUCCCAGAAACCACCUUUGAGGAGGAAAAUAAAGAUAAUCCCUAUGGUGUAAUGGACACAGAGGGGAAAAUUUUAAGCUACAAUAAAAAGGAAAACCACCCAGAGGGUCAAGAGUGUACUGGAACCAAAUUAGUGGAGAAAAGCAAAAUUGAAAAAUGUGAAGGGGGCACCCACCGUGCAGGAUUUGAUGCUUUCAUGACUGGAUUCAUAAUGGCUUACAUUUUGAUGUGGAAGAAUGGUGAAAGUAAUAGCACAAAGAUGGACCCAUGGCUUCCUGACUGUCACAAUAAACUUUACCUGAGUGGGAAGACCCUUCCCUUACAGAUUUGUAAAAGUUCAUUCUCAAAAUCUUCAAAGGUUCACCAGGCCAAAAUUGAAUUGCUUUGGGGAAAACAAUGAGGUCGGAACCAUUUUUUUUUAAAAACUGGCUGCAGUAAUGAGAAUUCGGGGAAUUAACUUGGAUUGUACACUUUUGAUUCUUUGUAAAUGUGUUCCGAAAAUAUAGUAAAAUAGAUUUUUUUUCUGGAGAGGAAUACAAUUAAAAUUGUUUUUCUAUUGCAGAAAUGUCAAUCCUUUAUUAUAUUUUGACAGCAUAAAAGUGUUAUUUGCCAACAUCAAACUGGCUGAAGAUGGCUAUAUUAAUAUGCUGCAUACCUUUACUUGAGCAGGAAUUUGAAAUCAGGAUUGACCAACUUCAUUUGAUAUCUUGUAAUUCAGCAUAAACAGAAUCAAAGAUGUUCUGUCCAUAAUUUGCAACAAACAAAAUUCAGGCUAGUGCUGGACAAUGACAUGUUUUGGGUUGGAUUGUGCUUAAGUGGCCAAGCAAAGCUGCUUAAUUCCAACUAUGAUGCAGUUUUCUCUUUUCCAUUGAUAAUGUAAAGCAAGUGUAAGUCAAGGGGAUCCCUCUUUAGCAGUCAGCAGCAGUAAUAGCAACAUUGAAGUUUGCACACAAUCAAGCAAGUUAAUAGCAUUAAUUUUUAUUCUGUGAUUAGCAUCAAUUUAACUCAAAGUAUUAAACUUUUUUAAUCCUUACUGAACUUCUAUGAAUUGCAUGUAAAAUCAGAUUUUAAAGGACAACUGAGCGUGUAUAGUAAUGAUUAUGUAGGUAGCAAGCUUAAGAUUCUUUUCCUCAACAUUGAAGGUUGCAUGUCAUUGCAUUGUGUUUUUAGUACCAUUUCAUUCAAUUUUCUAUAAUUGAAGUCUGGUAGUGUUUUAACAAUUCUGGAUUUAGGCAUCACACUGCUUGUGGUGAGACUCUCGAAAGAUUGUCAGUUUCAGAAAGCUUAGUUUUACUGUAGUCAGUACUGCAAAAUUUGGCUUAAUAUUUAUAGCAAAGACUAAAGGUAUAUCAGAUUUUCCACAGCAAUGUCUUGUGGUUGCUUGACCAUUCUAGAGUGAAUGGUUUUGUGAUGUAUGCCUAUAUCUAAAAGGAGAGCAAUGCAGUUGCUUACUCAAUAUAAGGCACAAAACAAACUUGCUACAAGA